GUACCAGCAUCUGCAGUCACAGCAUACAGAAAGCAUGUGACGAUGACUGUUAAUGACUAUCGUUUAACAACCUUCUUCUAAGACUAGCACCAUCAUUUGUCUGUUCAUUUGGUGAAGACGCCAAGUUUUAAUCUGGUGAAGUCAUCUGUCCAGAUCCCCACAGUUAAGCAAGUGACCUGGAACCGCAGCUUUCAAUGAUUGCACCACUCUGGCACCAAAGAAAGCCAAGAAGAGGCUAGAAGGCGGUAGCUCCAAUGUGUUCUCCAUGUUUGAACAGACCCAGAUCCAGGAGUUCAAAGAGGCUUUUACAAUCAUGGACCAGAACAGAGAUGGCUUCAUUGACAAGAAUGACCUGAGGGACACGUUCGCUGCCCUGGGACGUGUGAAUGUGAAAAACGAGGAGAUCGAUGAGAUGAUCAAGGAGGCUCCGGGUCCCAUAAACUUCACUGUGUUUCUGACAAUGUUUGGGGAGAAGCUGAAAGGGGCAGACCCAGAGGAGACCAUCCUCAAUGCAUUCAAGGUGUUUGACCCAGAAGGCAAAGGGUCACUGAAGGCUGAUUACGUCCGGGAGAUGCUGACCACACAGGCUGAGAGGUUCUCUAAGGAAGAGAUUGAUCAGAUGUUCACAGCUUUCCCUCCUGAUGUCACUGGCAAUCUAGACUACAAGAACUUGGUACAUAUCAUCACCCAUGGCGAGGAGAAGGACUGAGGGCUGGCCUGGGGUGCCUGGUUCAUACCUUACUGUUCACCAUACUCCCAGUCCCUCCAGCCUGCAGGUGCACACCAUUGCAGGCCACAAGCAAAUAAACAGAAGCUCAUGUACCUGUU